GGACUGACUGUAGCGUGAAUGUGCUUGGUGGAUUCAUUUAACUCUUCGUAUUGUCAUUUUAGCAGGGGGGAAAUGGAAUGUCUAAUAUUGUCUAAUCGAAGAUCGUUUCUACGUGUCGGUUUCUGAGAGCUGUCAGUUGGAGAUGCCGUGUUUCUUCGCUUGCCGGUUCACUGUCCUCCCACUGAAGUAGACAUUUCGGCUCAGGUGUCGGAUAGUGUGGACGCCGCGGAGUCACGCUUCCAUCGAAUUUACUGCUGUGGACGAUGAUGGUGGAGGACGAGGAGCUGGAUGCGCGUGCACUUGACCUGGACUCGGACUUAGAGCCGCGCAGCCGGCCUCGCUCGUGCACCUGGCCACUGCCGUGUCCUGAGGACUUCCCCGCGGCCGUAGAGCUCAACGGAGCUCCUUGUCCACUGCUGAAGACGGAAGCCGAGAUCGGCCCGCCGUGCAGAUCAGGGAGGAAGAGUGUGAACCCCGCCGAGGUGAAGCGCGAACCCGGAGCCACGCCGUUGCCAUGUAUGAGCGGCGCUGCACUCGAUGUCGCCGGGCAGCUGCGCAAAGCCAAGUCCUCACGACGCAACGCGUGGGGGAACCUGUCAUACGCGGACCUGAUCACCCGCGCCAUCGAGAGCACGCCCGAGAAAAGGCUCACCCUGUCGCAGAUAUACGAAUGGAUGGUGCGAUACGUACCUUAUUUCAAAGAUAAAGGAGACAGCAACAGCUCGGCCGGAUGGAAGAACUCCAUACGCCACAAUCUGUCACUCCACACCCGCUUCAUCAGGGUGCAGAACGAAGGCACGGGGAAGAGCUCCUGGUGGAUGCUGAACCCUGAAGGGAGUAAGGCUGGGAAAGCUCCCCGUCGACGGGCAGUCUCAAUGGACAACAGCACUAAGUACCUGAAGUGCAAAGGCCGUGUAAACCGCAAGAAGGUGGUAGGCAGAGCAGUGGUAGGCACAGUGGGGCAGGGAUUUCAUGGCUCCCCAGAGCAGGCUAGUCCAACAGGGAAGCCUGUCACAGGACCAACAGGUGUUGGGGAGGAGUUUGAGGCAUGGACUGAUCUCCACUCUCGGACUAGCUCUGCAGCCUCCACAUUGAGUCUGUCACCCAUUAUGGUAGAGGAGGAGUUAGAAAACCCAGAGGAGGGUAGGUUGUCCUGCUCCACUUCCCCACACAUCUACCCCAGUCCCUCCAGCACUCGCUCGCCUGUGGCACAUUGUCCACCUGUGGAACUGCCACAGCUAGCGGACCUCACCGGAGCCAUCAGCUUGGAAGAAGGUUACCACCACCAACAGCCCUCAUGCCACAAGCGCCCUCCCUACCACUACAGCAGUGGGUCAAAAGUUCAGGGCUCCUACAGUAGCCCAGCCUAUGGACAAACAGGCCUGGGCAUGCUGUGCCAUCAAACACCAUUGCAGACUAUCCAGGAAAAUAAGGCCUCCAGCUUUUCUGGCAACAUGCAGACUUACUCAGGCACAAACACCCUGCAGAGUCUGCUUACUGGAGGCUCACAGUACUGUGCUAAGGACAUGAUACUUGGCCAGGACCAUGAGCCCAUGAUGGUUCCUUCCAGCAGUAUGGUGGGCAAUUGUCAUAACCAUAACUCUGGGCACACCCACAAUGGCACACAUGAUCGUAACCCUGCUCACAGCCACAACAGCAACCACAGUCUCAACCAAUCACACAGCCACAGCUCUGGUUCAAGCAUAACCAAUAACCCCACUCAUAGCCACAGCAUGAAUCACAGCAUGAGUCACAGACUGGGCCAGAACCAUCAGCCUCAAAGCCAUGCUGUCCUUGCCCAACCCAUCAGUGGCCACAUGCAGUCAUACAGCCAUAAAGCUCCAUACUUGUACAGUCCUCCAGCCCAUGCACACCUUCCUGCCUCAACCACACUGCCCCCAAACCCUGCUGGAAUGCAGGGCAUCUCUCAGGACUCUUGCCACCUAGCCACUGCCCCACACCCUCACCCCCGCUACAGCGCCACAUACCCAGGUCCACACCAGCAGGCAGUGGCUGAUGGACCAUACCAUCAAGCUCAGGGAAUGGGGGGAGGAGGCAGUGGUUACCAAGGGUACCACCAACCCCAUCAUGGUUACCCUCAUGAGCGGCUACCAGCAGACCUAGAUCUGGACAUUUUCCAUGGCAGCUUGGACUGUGAUGUUGAGUCUGUUCUCCUCCAUGACAUGAUGGACUCAACAGAGGAGAUGGACUUUAAUUUUGACUGCUCUCUGGUGCAGGGGAUGGGUGUUGGGAUGGGCAUGGGCAUGAGCAUGGGACUUGCAGGCCCACAACAGAGCCACAGUAACCAGAGUUGGGUGCCUGGCUAAGAAGCAAUGCUUUCCUAUGAACAUUAUAAGAGAUCAAACUACCUUUAGGCCUGCUUAGAGCAGGGCGCACCGCUUCCUUUCCAGGGAGAUGCACUGUGCGUGACAAAAAUCAAGAUGAAAAACCAUAGUUUCAGUUUCUAAGUUUUGUCUUACUCUGCCUGCUCAUCUCUGUUUCUUUUCUGAAAUGGCCCUCUGUUAGACUCUUUCUGCUUAAUGUUAACCCUUUGCUCUUGCCGAAUGAACCGUGAUGACAAUCUCAAUUGUGUUACCCAACAUUGCCUUCUUCUCCAGUCAAAAUUAAAUGCUUGAGCACUUUAACUGCGUAAAACAAAUCCAUUUCUUACUCUGACAAUGUUGAGUUGUUGCCUGGAUGGCAGUAUCUGUAGCUGGCCUGUUUCAUUCACUUAUGGGUCCAGUAUGCAGAAAAAUGUAACAGAUUUUUUUUAUUCAAAGAGGUUAUUCAGCUUGCAUAAUAAACCAAUUGAAAAGUCCAAAUUUUUCAACUGGGUGGAAUUUCUGAUAGUUAUUUUCUUGAACGACCUUAUGGACAUCACUUCUGUUGGAAUAAAAACAAUCAGGCGGUGAUUCCUAUUUUCUCCCCCCUCUUUCUCACUCUAAUUCUCUCAGUGAGAGAUGUUAGAACUCACUCACCUUUUUUUCUCACCGAUAGGUUCAGCUCCCCUGCCAGCCCAGACUGGCCCAACAUCCUUCACUGGCCCAUUAAC